AUGGCACUGUUAGCUUUGAUGAUCUUGGUUUUAUCGGAAAACAUGGACUGCUUGAUUGUUAAUGUGACAAGGCUGGAGAAGAAUGACAAAUUCACAAAUCCAAAUCGUACAGCUGUGUCAAACUGUAUUGCGGGUGGCCAAUCUUCUUAUUUCGACUCCUGUAAGAAUUUUCGUUCGGUCGACACGAGAGGAAAUUGUUCCAAUUCAAAACCUUGCUGUCAGUGGUGUCAAUGUAAAAGUGAUCACCCAAUUUAUUUGUUUCACUUGGGAAAGUGUGUGAAUCUGCAGGAGCUGAACACGGAUAAUUUUGGUCCAGGGUCAAUUGGAUGUGGUGCGCGCCUCGAAGUGAAAGCUGGUGGUGAUGACGAUGAUGAUGAUGAUGAUGAUGAUGACGAUAGAAAAAACGAUAGAGGUAAAGACGUUUGCAAAGCCAGCUCCUGGGUUCCACCUCUUAUCAACUUUCAAACUAAAUCAUGUGUUAAGAUAAAAUUCUGCCGAGCAAAACCUAAAGAUACCGAGUCUUGUGAUGUCCAAGCCGCUCGCUAUGUUGGUGAUGGUCAAUGGACGAACUUUACCGACUUUCAGCGAAGGUUUUGGACCAAGAAAAACAAGAAAGAUAUCUACCUAGAGUGGAACAAAUCAUCGGUAACGAAUUUCACAGGGAAUCUUGUUGUCAUCAACGUAAAGUGUAAACAGAAAGGCAAAGGAAAAGAUUUUGCUUCCUGCUUCAUUUUCAAGACAGCUGGGACAUUUACAGCCACAGAAAAAUGUACCGAACCAUUCACGACAAAACCAGCGACAGCAAAACAAAUGACAACAAAAAACACCUCAACAAAAUUAUCAACAGCAGAAACUGCCACAUCAAAAGAAACUCUACCACCAACAACACAAGCAGAGGUAACAACAAGAAAAGGAACAACAGCAAAAUCAACUGCAGAGAUCCAAUCCACAAAAGAACACAGCACAGGAACGACCCCCAUCAGCCAGACCGAGUUGUCGACGAAAUCAUCCGAGACUCCGCCGACUUCCUCAAGCGACACAGAUACCACACCUAAAAAGACUCCUACUGUUAUCUCCAUGACAACGACAGAAAGAAGCAGUCCUGGUAAAGACAAGAUAAUAAACAAGUCAACUGACGUAAACAGUAGCAGCAGAAGAAUAGUUAUAGUUGUAUCUGUGUUAUGUUCACUUGUGGUAGUCGUCGCCAUGUUUUUCUUAUCAGCUUGGCUUUGGAGAAAACGGCAAACGGCUACAGAGUAUCUUACAUUUAUUCAUAUCAUUGUCACCAUUAUAGUCGAUAAACCAGAAGAUCACGUCCACAACACACAUGAGAAUGCCUAUCAACUACUAAAGUAUGACGGGAAAUCAAAAGAUCAGGCUCAAUGGGAACAACCGGCCUAUGAGGGCCUCGUCAAGGGUUCACCUGCGAAAGACUGGGGAGAGGGAGAAGUUUAUACCAAUCCUACAGUGUAUCAACAACUUGACAAGUCUAAUAUCACCACUGAAAAUGAUUAUUUAGCGGCUUAUCAUCCUCUUAUGAAACAGCUCCAGUCCAAGUCUGAGCAAGUCGCCGAAUAUGACCAAGGGUACCUGGUACUGGUUGGAGAGCAUAGCAAAAGAGAAGAGACCGCUGAUCAAGAGGACCCGUAUUACUACAAAGUUGAAAGUAACAUGCCUCAGUAAUCAACCGUCUGUUUUGUGACGUUGGAGUAGAAAUGUUGUAAUUUUCGGUAAAAUGAUGAGAGAUGAAUUCAUUCUUCAUGGCUUCAAGUCAAGAGAACGAAAACGAUCUGUAAAAGUUCAUGUGAUACUACGAAUUGAUUAGGAUAUGAUUGCUUAUUGUAA